UAUUCGGGUGUUUCACAGCUUCAGUGACUUGCUGGCGCUUCACACAGAGCGCCUCCAUUAUUAUUCUCGCGGUAUUUCACAGUCAAUGCGUCACGUCACACGGAGACAGAACUGGAGAAACAUGGCGGAGCGAAGGAAGCACAAGAAGAGAAUCCAGGAGCCUGGUGACCCAACCAAGGAGGAGAAUGCAGUUGCCAAAUACCUCCGCUUUAAUUGCCCUACCAAAUCCACAAACAUGAUAGGCCACAGAGUGGACUACUUUAUUGCUUCAAAAGCAGUAGACUGUCUUUUGGAUUCUAAGUGGGCAAAAGCCAAGAAGGGAGAUGAGGCCUUGUUCACUACCAGAGAGUCUGUCGUGGAUUACUGCAACAGACUCCUGAAGAAGCAGUUUUUUCAUCGAGCCCUGAAAGUAAUGAAAAAGAAGCCAGAAAAGGAAAUGAAGAAUGAGAAGGAAAAAGAGAAAGAAAAGGAAAAAAACAAGACUGACAGUAGCAAAGAGGAGGAGAAAAAAAGCAAGAAGGAAAAAGACAAGAAGGAGAAAGACAAGAAGAAAGAAGCAGAAGUAGCAGAGGCCAAAAAGGAGAAAAGCGAUGAAAGUCCAGGAACCCCAAAGAAGAAAAAAGAGACCAAGAAAAAAUUCAAAUUAGAGCCAAAUGAGGAUCAGAUCUUCCUGGAUGGAAAUGAGGUGUAUGUUUGGAUUUAUGACCCAGUUCAUGUUAAAACCUUUGCCAUGGGGCUGAUAUUAGUUAUUGCGGUGAUCACAGCCACCCUUUUCCCUCUCUGGCCUGCAGAAAUGCGUGUGGGUGUCUAUUAUUUGAGUGUGGCAGCUGGUUGCUUUGUUGCCAGUAUCCUUCUCCUUGCAGUGGCUCGGUGCAUUCUGUUCCUCAUAAUCUGGGUGUUGACAGGAGGCCGCCACCACUUCUGGUUCCUGCCGAACCUGACAGCCGACGUUGGAUUUAUCGACUCCUUCAGACCCCUUUACACCCAUGAGUACAAGGGACCUCGAUCAGACUCUAAGAAAUCUAUCAACGACAAAGCAGAGGACGCAGUAAAGCCCCAGAAAUUGGACAGCGUGGAAAAGUCAGACAGCGAGAAGAAAGAAAAGGAGGCUAAGGGCGAGGCGGAGGAUGAGAACGGGAAGGCGCCAGGCAGCUUAGCGGCAGAGGGCUCAGCUGGGGAGAGACAGUCAGACACAGACAGUGAUCGCAAAGAGGAUGAUGGUUCACAGCACAGCAAUGGCAACGACUUUGAGAUGAUCACCAGAGAGGAGUUGGAGCAGCACACCGAUGAAGGGGAUGCUGAGGAAGAGGGCGAGUACGAGGAGGAAGAAGAGGAGGACGACGAUGAGACAAAGCCUUUACAUAAAAAAACAUAAAAACAAAUCCUUCCGCUCAACGAGGACUACUAUGAAUAAUGUGCAGAAGAGAGAGGCUUUUCUAUGUUGGUCAAUCAUUCUACACCUGGUAACUUUGUUUUAAACAAAAAGCCUUAUUAUGAGCCCCUCCCACUGCAAAAACAUUCUCACGUUUCAGAGUUCCAGGAUUCUCAUUGCUAAUCUGUCAGUGUUUUUUCUUCCCAAUAAUUAUUAUUUUCUGUUCAGAAUACAGCAACGGUUUUAGAAUGGUAGAACAUACACUUUAUGUAGCAUACACUUGACACCCGAAGCUUGUAUUAUCAUUUUCAAUCUGUUCCAAUGUAUGCAAAGUUUUUCUGCACGUUUGUACAACUAGAAUUUUCAAGCUAAAUAACUGAAAAACCUUUAUCUGACAGCUGACAUAUGAAGCAAUUAAACUGUGUAGGUAGUGGCACCUGGAGGUUGAACCAUUGACUGCUUAAUAUGUGCACAAUUGGUUUACAAUGUCAAACCUAACAACGCAUAAUGCAAAAGACUCCCAAAACAUCUUGUGCGCUUCUAGAAGACCAUCUUUUUAAGAAUGUGUUUUUUGUCCACAGCAGAAUUCUCUAGCCAUAUUUACCAUAAUUAAAAGCAAUUUGUCCUUAAAUACCAUGUGUAAUAAAGCCUAGUUUCUGAAAUGAUUUAUCACCAAUGAAAGUGCUGUUUAGAAGCAGUUUACUUGUAUAUCUUGAUGUUAAAAAAAAAAAAAAAAAAAAAAAAAAAAAAAAAGGUCUGUCAGUUGGUUACCAACAUAGGAAAUCUGAUUUCUUUGUACAUCAUUACAUUGACUUUUCCAUCUCCAGCAUGGUGCAGCCAGCUAAUGCUGGGAACAAAUCUGGUAAAAUAAGGAUACAAUAAUAUAAAAAAAUAUAUAUUGGUAAGAUUAAAAUGAGUAAAGAUUACAAAAAAAUAUAUAUUUAGUUUCUUUCUGUUCUAAAAUGAAAUUGGUUUUCUUGCAGAUCAGUUCUAAUGCAAAUACAGAAUUGUGCCAAAACAUUACUAAAUGCAUGUAUUCAUUAUUUUAAGUCAUUUUAAUAAUGCUUUUUUAUAUAAAGAAAUACAAAAUAUAUAUGGUGGGUAACAGUAUAAUUGUAUAUGCAACAUCAAAAAACGGUAUGGUUACAUCAGUGCUGUAGAUACAGGAUAUUUACAUAGGAUCCAUCAAAGGAAAAACAGCAGCAUGGUUGCUUGUAGUAGAAUGCAGUUUAAGGUCAAUCAGUAUUUGUAAUUCAAAUUAAGACUGCACAAAUGAUAAUGGAGAAAUGCUUGAACUUGGACCUUUAUUGUUGACAGUAAAUUAUUGAAACUUGAUUUAAAAUGGGCCUGUGAUGCAAAAUAAAGAAUUCAGUUUUAAGUAAAUUCCUUUAAAUAAAUAUGAAGACUAGACUGGGGUAGGGCCAAUAUGUAGAUAAUUAACAUUUGUAUAGACAAUUAUUAGUAUUUUUACAUAAUUACAAAAUAAAUACAGCAAAUGUACAAUAAAAAGUUGCAACAUUUAAAUGCAAAUCUUGUUUAAAUUGUUCUGAAAAAUGUGUAAAACACAUAGAAAGAACCUUGUGUUAUAACUGAUUGCCUGCAUUUUAGUUUCUUUGCAUUUCCAACUAUAAUACUUUUUCCUGUGUGGUACAGUAAUUAUCUUUGUUAUCCCAUUAAAAUAAUACCUACUGAUUUACACCACUUUUAAUUUGAACAUUUCUAAGCAAAACCUACUAAAAUGUUUCCAGCAUUGGCUUUUUGUACUCCUGUUGACUAUUCAUUUAUCAGAGUAUAACUAAGAGGACCGUACAAUUUGGAUAAGAUAACACAGAAAGUAGAAUAGGAGUUUUCUAUAUAAUAUUGCUUCUUUUUCUUACCAGACAAAAUGCAUUUCCUGUGUUUUAAUGUUUGUCUUUCAAAAAGAAAGAUUUGCCAGUGUGCCAGUAGCUUUAUCGUAGAUAUUGGCAGAACUGUUUCAAGAGAUCUCAAAUGGUAUUUGGGUGUUGCACAGUAUCAGUAUGUUGUAUAUUGUAGUUAUCUGCUGCUUUUCCACACAUUUCAGAGAGAAAUGGAAAUUCUCUACCCAUUGCUCAGUUUUAACCUCUAGCCACUUAGUUUUCCAUAUUUGGAUUGAUUAUAGUUGAAAACUGUCUUUGUAGUUACUGGAACAUAAUUUAAAUAAUUAAUGUCUAUCUAAAUAUAUAUAUGUGUAUCCUUUUAUUGCAAUAAAAAUUAAGAAAGCA